AUGGCGGCUCCCACGCUGCCCUGGAGACUGUCCCUCCUCCUGCUGGCUCUGGUCCUCCUGCAGGCGUCCACGGCGGUGACUGGCCCCUUACGAGGGGAGAAGGCGCAGAAAUGGGGGCCAGCCGCCAUGGGCGGGAGCCCAGGAGCCCCCAGCCUCGCCCUGCCCGGCUGCCCUUCCUCGCUCUCAUGCUUCUACAACUCCAAGGCCAACAUCUCCUGCGUCUGGAGCCGGCCUGGGGGCCCUCAGGCCUCGCCCUGCCGGAUCUACGCCAAGUCGGACAAACGGACAUGGAGCAAGUGUUGCGACCUGCGCUGGGCCGGGGAGGCCUCCUGGGCCUGCAAUCUGCACCUGGGAGAUGAUGAUUCUCAGAGUCUGACGGCGGCUGACACCCUCAACCUGACGGUGAUGUGCCGCCAUGGGGAGCUGUGGAGGACGGCUCUGAGCCAGCUCUUCAAACCUUUCGAGAACCUUCGCAUGAUGGCCCCCAACUCCCUCCAAGUUACUCGCAAAGACUCCCAAAGCUGCAAUGUCACCUGGAAGGUCCCACAGUCCUCCCAUUACCUCGAAAAACACCUGGUGUUUGAGGUCCGGCUGAGGUCUCCAGGCCAGAGCUGGGAGGAGGUCAAGCUGCGGCCUAUCAACCAGAACCAGCAGUGGAUCUUCCUGGACCCUCUGGCUCCCGACACCCCGUAUGAGCUCCAGGUGCACGUCAAGCCCGAGCAAGGCUCCAACACAACCUGGAGCCCCUGGAGCAAGCCCCUGCCCUUCAGGACGAGGCCCACAGCCCCGGGGAAGGAGCGCCGGACCUACCUUUGGCUGUUCCACGUGGUGGGGGGGCUGAGCGGCGCCCUGUCCUUUGUCAUCCUGGUCUACUUGCUGGCCAACUGCCACUACAUCGGGCCCUGGCUGAAGAAGGUUCUGAAGUGCCACAUCCCAGACCCGUCAGAGUACUUUGCUCAGCUCAGCUUGGAGUACGGAGGAGAUUUCCAGAAGUGGCUCUCCUCGCCCUUCCCGUCCUCUUCCUUCCACGCCGGCGGCCUGGAGCCUGAGAUCUCCCCGCUGGAAGUGCUGGACCGGGACACCAAGCCCAUGCAGCUGCUCCGGCUGCAGCAGGACAAGGUGCCCUCCCCCUCGCCCAGUGGCCACUCGCUGACCAGCUGCUUCACCAACCAAGGCUACUUCUUCUUCCACCUCCCGGAUGCUCUGGAGAUCGAGGCCUGCCAGGUCUACUUCACCUACGACCCUUGCACAGAGGAGGCCGACGAGGGCGAGCCUGGGGCCCCCCAGGAGUGUCCCCUCCCGGCCCUGCCGAAUGUGCCAGGGGAGGACGACGCCUACUGCACCUUCCCCCCUGGAGAAGACCUGCUACUCUUCUCCCCCAAUCUCGCUGGUGGCCCAGCUCCCCUGAAUACUGUACCAGUGGGCACUGGGGCUCCUGAAGAGAAGCUGACCCCCUCCCUGCAGGUAGGGGUUCCCAGAGACUGGGUCCCCCAGCCUUUUGGGCCUCCCAGCCCAGGAACCUCUGACCUGGUGGAUUUUCAGUCACCUGUGGGGGACACAGAAGAUGAGGUCCCUGCCCCUGAUUCUGGGGAAAGGCCUGACUUCCCCUGGGCCAACCUUCCUGGGCAAGGUGGGGUCAGGGUCCCCACCUCCGGCCUGCCCAUGAACACCGAUGUCUAUCUGUCCCUCCAAGAGCUUCAGGAUCAAGACCCAGCUCACUCUGCGUAG